GUCAGUACUGGAAUCAGGCUGGGAGAAAAUUCCUUCAAGGUGACAGAUUGCAGUGAGCUAAGGAUAGAUACACAUGGCUCCCCUCCCUUUCUAUCUAGUUCGGCUCUCAGAGAGCUUCCUACCUAAUUCCUCUGUAGAGUGGUAAGCUGCAGUACUGCAGCCCAAGCUCUGCUCACGACCUGAGUUCGAUCCUGGCGGAAGCUGGGUUCAGGCAGCCGGCUCAAGGUUGACUCAGCCUUCCAUCUUUCAGAGGUCGGUAAAAUGAGUACCCAGUUUCCUGGGGGUAAAGUGUAGAUGACUGGGGAAGGCAAUGGCAAACCACCCCAUGACAAAAAGUCUGCCAAGAAAACGUCAUGAUGCGACGUCCCCCCAUGGGUCAGUAAUGACUCGGUGCUUGCACAGGGGACAACCUUUACCUUUACUGAAAUGUAUUCCUUCAGUAAUUUCUUCUUUCUUUCUUUAUUCCUCCAACUCAACUACAAAUCGUCACCAACCCACCCGCUCCUUUUUCAUACGCUCCUAACAAGUCCGCCGUCCCCCACCGGUGGAUUCAAGGCUCCUUUUGCAAAGGUUUAUAACCCUCUUCAGCCUUCUGCUUCCUCCACACUCUUGCAAAGAAGGCACAGUACCUCAUCCAUCCCGAGCCAAGUCCGAGUGAGCUUAGAGCAGCUCAAGGCAGUUGCUCAGAUCUGCCCCAACAGCCCCGUGGAAGUGGAUGUACCAGGACUCAAAGUGCGGCACAUACAGUUUAACUCUCCUUUACAGCUCUAUUCGCAGAAAAACAUCCUGGACUCCUUGCAGGGGCAAAUCGCUUCCAUUAGUCCCACCCUCCCCAGUUUGGACCUGCUGAACCAGCCUUCCAGAAAUUUAGGAAUUGACAAGGACUCCGAAGUUUACAAGAUGUUGCAGGAGAACCAAGAUUCCAAUGAGCCACCUCGCCAAUCCACUUCAUUCCUGGUUUUACAAGAGAUUUUAGAAACUGGAGAAAAAGGAGACGCUGACAAGCCUUCUGGAUUUAGAAGCGUAAAAGCGCCCAUCACCAAAGUAGCAGCAUCCAUUGGAAAUGCUCAGAAGCUGCCCAUUUGUGAUAAGUGUGGAUCUGGCAUUGUAGGCGUGUUUGUGAAGCUCCGGGACAAGCAUCGCCACCCCGAAUGCUACGUAUGCAGCGACUGUGGCACCAACCUCAAGCAAAAAGGGCACUUCUUUGUGGAGGAUCGCAUCUACUGUGAGAUGCAUGCACGGGAACGGGUCACCCCACCUGAGGGCUAUGAUGUGGUCACUGUAUUUCCCCAGUGAAGCAGCUGGAUUGACCACGGAUGUCUCCCAAAGUGCCACCGUCUUCCACCACCAGUGUCUUCAAGUCACAAAAGUACUCUGCAGGGCUUCCGCAGUGGACCUUUUGGGUGGCUGCUAGCAGACCACUGUAAUAGUAUCACUUGCAUUUAUUAUAGAGAGACAUGGUAGAUCUGAUUGAUUCCCUUCUUUUUAAAUGAUGCUGCUUUUCUCACUGCCUCUCAGAGUCAAUUGCCAGAUACCAUCAGACCACAAAGCCAAACCACAACACCUCGCUUCUAUUUCUGUUCAAUAAAGCGGUUAGCUCAAAGCCAUGGCGGCA